AUGAUUAGCCGAAUAGUAAGCAAAUGGAACCCAAGGCGGGCGGGCAAUGAGGAUGGCUUGUCCCUGACCCCUCGUAGGAAGAGGGGGAACCACACUGCCCGUCUGGCAAAUGAGCGCAUCUGUUUUGACCCUUCACUGUCCACGGAUAUACCUGUUGCAGAGUCACUCCGUGUCUUUGUUCCGGGCGGCCCUGCGGACCCAGUACCAGCCCUGCGCCCUGCACCCCCCUUCCAGGUCCAGCAGGAGGAAGUGGACGUCGUCUUCCCAUCGUGCCCGGCGCUUGAGGACGCGUUGCUCAAACUGAGCGCCGUCUAUUGGAGAUGCGAAUGCACGCUGAGUAACUUCCUCGACUUCGCGAAGACGUAUGUGAGCCAAACGGCUUUGGAAAGCGAGGUCGUAGCGCUCGGUCCGGCCGGUGCAACAGACGAAGACGUAUGGAGCCUGGACUCGAGGGGCAUCCUAACGUUAGUGGUGGGGAAAGAAACAUACGAGGUUCUUGGUCUCGUUGGUGAAGCGUUACCGUGGAAGGAGCACGCGGAGAUGCAUGUCAUCCAUGUCUCCCUUCGGGGCUCCCGUCCUGCCGCCGACAGCAUGAAGACUUGGCUUGCAUAUGGACCUAAAGAAGUCGCUGCAAUACGCAGGUGGGACUCCCACAGGGGCCCCUGGAAAGUAUUAUAUUACUGCGACCGCGUAGAUGUUGCAAUGAGCGGUGCCAUUCGCCAUGAGAUGUCACGAACUAUACGAAAAUUCGAUCGCGUACGCAUCCCUGACGUCCGGCGAGACGUUAUCCUAAGCCAUGCGAACGACGCGGCGGAUGAAUGGGAGGAGAACAUAUCCGCUCUCUUCGAGUGGGCUGGCAUGGCCUCUCUGGGCUCCCCAAGGAUCUCCGCUAACGAUCGCUGUGACCCGUACAUCGCGGUGUAUGCACCUCCUGAGCCUUCUCGGGUCGGUGACGUUACUGUCAUCCGCUGGAACGGCUUCAUACCCUCAAGUUUCAUUCAACAGGUGCUCGAAAACAUCUCAUCACCCAACCUUCCGCCGCCCAACUUCGUAGCGGUGACUGGGCAAUGCAUAGGAACAUCACCCGUAUCGUAUUUACCGUCCGAACCUAGCAAAGCACCGCCUCUGCGUGCCCCUAGGCCAGACGCGGAGGACACUUGGUCCUUGUUGUAUGUGAAGGAGGAUGCAGGCUCCGCGUGGGUCUUGGCGGAGAGCGUGGGGCAGUGGGAUAAGAGAUGGGGGUAG